AUGCUAGAAACGCGCAGCCUUCAGUAUAAACAAAAUAUAAAGUGGCUAAGUGGUCAUACAAAGGUCCUAAUAGGUUUACGAAGUCGAUUUGCAGAUGUUUUUAGAAAAACUUUUAUUGAAGAUAUAAAUGAAGACAACGAAGAAAACUGUUUUAAAUUUGUCGCAGAUAAGAUGAAUCGAAUGUCAUUAUUUGCCGAACAAAAUGCAUUAAUUCGACCAAGUCAAGUUAAAUCCAAAUAUGAUGACCUUCUUGAACAAGUACAAGCAUUAAUUGAGGGAAAAGAGGACCGGAUUUCCGAAGAUGCCAGCGAAUAUUUUGAGAAUGUAAAGCCAUUUCUGAAAGAUGAUGAGUUAUGGAAGGAUGACAGAAGGAAUAAAAAUAAAGGAGAUUUACAAAGCGUUGGUGACGACGUUAUCGAAGAGUGCGAAGUGACCGCCGUUAAAUCAAUUUCUAAAAGCCGUUCAACAAGUUCUUCCAAAAGAAAGAUAACCGAUGACGAUCAAGUAAAUCAAAGACCCCGAUUAUUAACUAAUGACAAGUGA